GUCUCCAUCGCUCGUUUGUUUCUUCUUCAGCCAUAUCGGAAAAAACGAUAUCCGACGAGCCAUUCGGUGUUUGUUCCGAGAAGCUCCGAUCGAUCUGUGUUAGGGUUUUUCUUUUUCCGCCUUAUGAAUCUCUCUAUCGCGGUUUCAUUAGAUUCAGUUUAACUCGAGUGAUGAAACCAAUCUCCGUGCUAGAGGUAAAAUUCUGUUAGGUUUUCUCUUUUUUGUUUUUAUGCUUCGUACCGAUCGAUAUGAUUCCUGGUUCGUUUUGUUUCCAAAUCUGCAGCUCUUUGAUCCCGUGGCUGGUAGGAUAUUACGGCGUUUGUAGCUCUGUCGUCGUGGAUAGAGUUAGAACGACGAAAUCAGCCUUGGUUUCCUAACUGUUAUUUGGCAUUUCAGUAUCUGAAUUUUUGCAACAAUGUCUGAGCUAAAAGAGCGCCUGCUUCCUCCAAGACCUGCUUCAGCUAUGAACCUCAGAGAUGCUUCUGUGACUCGGCCUUCUGCUUCUGGAAGACCACCCCUUCUUGGAGUUGAUGUCUUGGGUCUGAAGAAGCGUGGACAAGGCCUACGCUCUUGGAUUCGUGUUGAUACUUCUGGUAAUACUCAGGUCAUGGAGGUUGACAAGUUCACUAUGAUGCGUAGGUGUGACUUACCCGCCCGUGAUUUAAGGCUGCUUGAUCCCUUAUUCGUGUAUCCCUCUACUAUCCUAGGCCGAGAGAAGGCUAUUGUUGUCAACUUAGAGCAGAUCCGUUGUAUUAUUACUGCAGACGAAGUUCUGCUUCUGAAUUCCCUUGACAACUACGUGCUGCGCUAUGUUGUUGAGUUGCAGCAGAGACUAAAGACUAGUAGUGUAGGUGAGAUGUGGCAGCAGGAAAAUUCCCAGUUGAGUAGGAGGAGGAGCAGGAGUUUUGACAAUGCUUUUGAGAAUUCAUCCCCUGAUUAUUUACCUUUCGAGUUUAGAGCUCUUGAAAUAGCCCUUGAAGCUGCUUGUACGUUUCUCGAUUCCCAGGCUUCAGAGUUGGAGAUUGAGGCAUACCCGUUAUUAGAUGAGCUUACCUCAAAGAUCAGUACACUAAACUUGGAGCGUGUGCGUAGACUAAAGAGCAGGCUUGUAGCACUGACAAGAAGAGUUCAGAAGGUUCGGGAUGAGAUCGAGCAGCUAAUGGAUGAUGAUGGAGAUAUGGCAGAAAUGUAUCUAACAGAGAAGAAGAGGAGAAUGGAAGGAUCUAUGUACGGUGACCAGUCCUUAUUGGGUUACAGGUCAAAUGAUGGUCUAUCUGUUUCUGCACCGGUGUCUCCUGUUUCUUCUCCACCUGAUUCCCGAAGACUUGAUAAAAGCUUGAGCAUUGCGAGGAGUCGGCAUGACAGUGCAAGGAGUUCUGAAGGUGCAGAGAAUAUAGAAGAGCUAGAGAUGUUGCUGGAAGCUUACUUUGUCGUCAUUGAUAGUACUCUAAACAAGUUGACAUCGUUAAAGGAGUACAUUGAUGACACUGAAGAUUUCAUUAACAUUCAACUGGAUAAUGUGCGGAAUCAGCUGAUCCAGUUCGAGUUGCUUCUGACGACUGCAACGUUUGUUGUAGCCAUAUUUGGGGUCGUUGCUGGGAUCUUUGGGAUGAACUUUGAGAUAGACUUCUUCAAUCAGCCAGGUGCAUUCAGAUGGGUACUCAUAAUUACUGGAGUAUGUGGCUUUGUGAUAUUUUCGGCAUUCGUCUGGUUCUUCAAGUACAGAAGACUCAUGCCUCUAUAAGAAGAGAGACAUGAAUGUGCUCCCCAGAAAGUAGACAUCAACUUAUAUUGUUAUGUUGCUUACAGAUAUUAAUGAUUUGUUUCCUUUAC